AAAUAAUUAAUUAAAUCCGCGAUAACGCUAGUCGAAAUGUACGUGGAUUGAUAAACUUGCCACGUGACUGCCAUGGACUCCUACAAAUCUCCGACUGCAUCACCGGACCACCACUCGCACCACCAUGUCAAUGGCGUCGAUUAUUUACCGGAAACUUCAUCGGCAACCGAACAAGCGACUCAACUACAUACAAGUUAGAUUGGCAUCUGCCGCGACUGGUUUAAGCAACAAUGAAAAGAGUAAUCAGAGUAAUCGGAAGAUUGACAAGUUACUUAUUGCAAAUAGAGGCGAAAUCGCUUGUAGGAUUAUGAGAACGGCGAAAAGGUUAGGGAUACAGACAGUUGCGGUUUACAGCGAUGCUGAUAGGCGUAGUCUUCAUGUGAAGUCAGCUGACGAGGCCGUUCGAAUCGGUCCGCCGCCGGCUCGAUCUAGUUAUCUUAACUCCUCUUCCAUUAUUGAAGCCGCCGUGCGUACGGGUGCUCAGGCUAUACAUCCAGGUUACGGUUUCUUAUCAGAAAAUGCAGACUUUGCUCAACUUUGUGAGAAUGAGGGAUUCACUUUUGUUGGACCUCCUGCAUCUGCAAUACGUGAAAUGGGUGAUAAAAGCGCAUCAAAGAGAAUCAUGGGUGCAGCAGGUGUGCCACUUGUGCCUGGGUAUCAUGGUCAUGAACAAGAUAUUGAUGUCAUGAAAUCAGAAGCAGAUAAGAUCGGAUACCCUGUUCUUAUAAAGCCCACCCAUGGAGGUGGAGGAAAGGGUAUGAGGAUUGUGGAAAGUCCUAAAGAGUUUGUUGAUGCGUUCUUAGGAGCACAACGUGAAGCUGCUGCUUCUUUUGGUGUAAACACAAUUUUGCUGGAGAAAUAUAUAACAAGACCAAGACAUAUAGAAGUCCAGGUAUUUGGGGACAAACAAGGCAAUGUGGUAUACUUAUACGAGAGAGACUGCAGUGUGCAAAGAAGACACCAAAAGAUAAUUGAAGAAGCUCCAGCUCCAGAUAUCAUUAGUGACUUCCGUUCACGUUUAGGUCAAGCUGCUGUAUCUGCUGCCAAGGCAGUUGGUUAUCACAAUGCUGGAACAGUUGAGUUCAUUGUUGAUACUCUCUCUGGUGAAUUUUAUUUUAUGGAGAUGAACACUCGUCUUCAGGUUGAACAUCCUGUGACUGAGAUGAUUGUUGGUCAAGAUCUUGUAGAGUGGCAAAUCCGUGUUGCUAAUGGAGAAUCACUUCCCCUUGGUCAAUCACAGAUUCCUAUAUCAGGGCAUGCCUUUGAAGCCCGAAUAUAUGCUGAAAAUGUGGCAAGGGGAUUUCUGCCAGCAACUGGAGUUCUUGAGUAUUUCCGUCCUGUUCCAGUCUCUGAAACUGUUCGAGUUGAGACUGGAGUUGAAGAAGGGGACACUGUAAGCAUGCAUUAUGACCCUAUGAUUGCUAAGCUUGUAGUAUGGGGGGAGAAUCGAGCUGCUGCAUUAGUUAAAUUAAAAGAUUCAUUAUCAAAGUUUCAGGUUGCAGGUUUGCCCACAAAUAUCGAGUUCCUCUACAAACUUGCCAACCACAAGGCAUUUGAAAACGCUGAGUCAGCGUAUGACUCAGCUAAACACAGUGCAGCCUUAGUCGCUGCAUGUAUUUGUGAAAAGGAACAUACACUUUUAAAGAAAAGCCCCCCUGGAGGGUUGUCUGUGUGGUAUACACAUCCUCCAUUUAGACCCAACCAUCAAGCUACACGCACAAUAGAACUAGACUGGGAGAAUGAAUACCAUGAUAAUAAUAACUCACAGAAUCUCACACUUUCCAUAACUUAUCUCCCAAACGGAAAUUACCUCAUCAAGACAGGGGAAAACGGCCUUCCUGAUGUGGAAGUCACGGUGACACAUCUCGGAGAGCAUGAUUUCAGAGUUGAAGCUGAUGGUUUAAGCAAAAACGUGAAUCUUGCCAGUUAUUUGAAGGAUGAGAGUGAGCACAUUCACAUUCACAUAUGGCAUGGUUUAGAGCAUCAUCAGUUUAAGCAAAAAGUGGGGAUUGAUUUGUUGGAUAACCUUGAAUCCCACCAACAUCAACACCGGAAUGGGAAUCAUGAUUCCGGAUCCCAUCCUCCAGGGACUGUGGCUGCCCCCAUGGCUGGUCUUGUGGUCAAGGUUUUGGUCAAAAAUGGAAUGAAGGUUGAAGAAGGUCAACCUAUGUUAGUCAUGGAAGCAAUGAAAAUGGAGCAUGUGCUGAAGGCACCUACCUCUGGCCUCAUUAGCGGCCUCCAAGUCACUCCUGGCCAACAAGUUUCCGACAACACCGUUCUCUUCAAUGUCAAGGCUGUAUAACAUCAUGGUGGAAAUAUUACUUAAAUAACCUUAACAUACUAUGGCCAGACAGUAGCUGUUUCCCAAAUCCGUUUUGAGGUAAAGACUCGUUUGGCUGUGUAUAUUAGAGAAAAAUUGUAUUUGCAUUUUCUCAGCUGAUUAAAUCAUGUAUACUUUUUAUUGUUGUGCCCUACUGAAAAUAAAACCGGUAAAGUAUUUAACAAUUACACACCCUAUCAAAACUUACAAAGUUUAACUAAAAAUAAAACAAGUAAAAUCGGUCAUAACUCAUACGGGG